GGCAGCAAACUGGCAUGUACAAACACUGACAGUGACACUAAAGCCAUGGAGGGAGAAAAGAGGAAUGACAUGUCCUUCUCCAGAAAGAGAAGUUUUACUUUUGGCACGUAUGGAAGUGUGGAUAGAUUGACAUGUGAAGAUGAGAUGAGACCCGAAUCUGUAGAUGACAACAUUCUAGACAUCUUGGAUUCUCCUGCCAAUAAGAGCAGGUCUUUCCUUUCUGCCAGCAGCAACCAGAGGGAGACAGAGCUGUUUGAAAUCAUUGAAAAGCUGCAGGGCAGCAGAAUCGAUGAGCAGCGGUGUGAAUUUCCUCUUCCUCUGAAGUCUCAGCUUUUAACAAUAGGUGGAGAACUGCCACUCAUCCUCCCGUCCAAACUGGGGGGCUACUGGAUAGACCCCCCACAGGAGAGGCUGGUAGAUGUGAGCCCCACCUCUUCCACCUAUGGCCUCGAUCCAGAGAGCUAUGACAUUAUGGAGAGAGACGGCGAGGCCAAAAUAUACCAUGAGUUCUUUCGCUCAAGAUAUCAUCACUCAUUCACAGCUGUGGAUUCCUCUCUGGGGCCUCUUGUUCUCUCAGUGUGUUUGGAGGAGGAGGAGAAUAAACUGCGAGUGAUACUAAGGAUGAAGGAGUGUUCUCUGCAUGGAGUUUUCUCUUUGACUCUUUUUGCUAACAUCCCGUCUACUGUUGAGCUGGCAAAGAUGCUUUGUGACAGAGUGACAGUCUCUCGGUUUGAUGUGGUCAGCUACCUUAAGGCUCCAGAUCUUAUAACAUCCUUCGAUGAACACAGAGUUUCUCCUAAUUUUAAAUUUGGUGUUUUGUACCAAAAGGAUGGUCAGUUCACAGAGGAGGACAUACUUAGCAACAAUGAAGAGAGCGAGGAGUUUAAGGAGUUCCUGUCUAUUUUGGGAGAGACAAUCCAGCUACAAGGUUUCACCGGGUUCAGAGGUGGGCUGGACGUCUGUCAUGGCCAGACAGGAAGUGAUGCAGUCUACACUUCAUUUCAUGGGAGGGAAAUCAUGUUCCAUGUCGCAACUAAACUGCCUUUCACGGACGGUGACCCACAGCAGUUACAGAGAAAAAGACACAUCGGAAAUGACAUCGUGGCACUGGUCUACCAGGAAGGCCAGACCCCGUUUUUAUCAGAUGUGAUCAAGUCCCACUUUUUACACUGUUUUGUGGUGGUUCGGCGGAUUCAGAGUGCGGAGGAGACAGGUGGAUGUGCAUAUCAGGUGUCUGUCACAGCCAGAGAGGAUGUUCCUCCCUUUGGUCCAGUUCUCCCUGAUCCUCCUAUUUUCACAGAUCACUCCCUGCUGAGAGAUUUCCUCCUGACCAAGCUCAUAAAUGCAGAGAUUUCUUGCUAUAAGGCCGAGAGAUUCAGCAAACUAGAGCUCCGCACCCGGUCAUCACUUCUAGAGAGCCUGCACACUGAACUCUCCACCCGUUCACAAUGCAUGAUGGGGGAUACAUCUCUGUCUGCGCUCUCAUCCUCCGAGGGUGUCAGGGGGGCGUCUGAGGGGAGUGGAGGUUUCAUUGAAAACUUCAAGAGAGCGAUCAGAGUGAGGAGCCAUUCAUUUGAGACCCUCGGGGUCCCCAGGAAGAUCACCAGCACAACAUCACAGAAACCCAAGACAGAGAAAGAAGAGAGUGACAGACCCCUGACUGAUGGUUUGGGAACAUCUGAAAUCAAAGAUCAAGCAAGUCCUCAAGAGGAGACAUAAAAACUAAAUAUAAUCUGUAGAUUUCCACACUGUAUUAUACAUAUAGACAUCACUAACCUAAUGUGAUUACUACCUUCUUAUCCUUGUGGAUGAUGUAAAUGUAAAUAGAGUGGUAAAGUAAAUGGUACCUGAGGAAAAAUACUUAUUUUAUUGUAAUUGCAGUGACAUCCAGAUCUACUGAAGCUUUACAUUGUUUUUAGUAACAUGUACAACAUAAAGGUGUCAAGAUAGUCUGAAAAAUAACUGUAUUUGAAAAGCAAACAUUUACAUGAUUGUAUAUUGCUAGAAAAAUAGAUAUAUAUCUUUAUAAAUAUGUGAGAGAGGCCAUGGGGAGGAGACAAGGUCAGGAUUGGCAUUGGAAACAAAAAUAAACUAAAAAAAAAAAGUGCAAAAUAUGUGGAAAAUUAAAGAUGAUUCUUGUUUAAAUGAUGGGUUUAUGAUCCAGUAUAACAUGUUCAGUCAUUCAAAAAAUG